ACAUGGUAUAAAAGGUACAAGCCAGUGGUCGCCAAUGGUUGUUUGAUAAUCCUGUAAUGCUCCCACCUUCCUAUCUCUGAGAGAAAACCCUCCCAAAAAAAAACCCCCCAGAAGAAAAACCCGCUGCCUUAGAUUAUUUCUUCAACAACCACCUCGAGAACAUGACUGCCAAAGUACGCGUCGGGGCCGUCCAGGCAGAGCCAGUAUGGCUUGAUCUUGACGGGAGUGUAGACAAGACGAUCUCGCUUAUCGAGAGGGCCGCUGCGGAUGGCGUCCAGGUGCUUGGGUUUCCCGAAGUAUGGAUCCCAGGAUAUCCGUGGUCCAUGUGGACUUCGAGUGUGAUCGAGAAUGCCCACAUCAUCCACGACUACAUGGCCAACUCGAUGCGUCGGGACUCGGAGCAGAUGGAGCGGAUCCUCGCUGCCGUGAAGAAGGCCGGCAUGUUCGUCGUCCUCGGGUACAGCGAACGGGAGGGCGGGAGCCUUUACAUGGCCCAGUCCUUCAUCUCGCCGGAAGGCGACAUAGUCCACCACCGAAGAAAGAUAAAGCCGACGCACAUUGAGCGAACCAUUUGGGGCGAGGGGCAGGCCGAGUCGCUCAAGUGUGUGGUACCGUCACCGUUCGGUAUGAUUGGCGGGUUGAACUGCUGGGAACACCUGCAACCUUUGCUUCGCUACUACGAAUACUCGCAAGGAGUCCAGAUACAUGUGGCAAGCUGGCCUGCAGAGUUUGAGAUGCCAGAUCCCGCCAAGCUCAAGUGGCUAUACCACGAAACCGGCGAGGCGAGCUACCGAGCCAGCCAGUUCAUGGCUAUAGAGGGGCAGUGCUUCGUCCUCGUCGCAUCCCAGAUCCUGACCGAAAAAAACCUGGAAAAGAACAACCUUUCCGGCAACCCAGUCACCAAGACGCCCGGUGGUGGAUUUUCUAUGAUCUUCGGGCCGGACGGUAAGCCGCUCUGCGAACCGAUCGGCGCGGGCGAGGAGAGUAUCUUGACGGCGGAUGUGGAUUUAAGGGAUAUCGAUUACCCGAAGGCGUUCAUCGAUGUUGUUGGACACUAUGCGAGGCCGGAUCUGCUGAGCUUAUUGGUUAACCCUACUAAGGAUUUGCAUGUGACGAAUAUGCCAAAGUAGGUAGUAGGUAGGUAGGUAGGUGGCUGUGGCCGAGGGGGUUGGGAAGAGGUGUGGUGAUGGGAUACAAUAUGGGCAUAUAUAUAUGGUGGCUAUGAUAGGGGGUAGU